AUGCUUUCACGUUUUUCACAAAUUUCUCUAGGAAGCUUCACUUCACAUGAUAUGAUUUUUGGGUGUUAUAAAAUAAAAAUUAAUAAAGGAAAAUCUAAGGAAAUGCAUUACCGUAAUUUUAAAAAUAUCUCUAGUGAAAUAAUACAAUCUGCUGCUUCAGAACAAAACUGGAAUUUAAUUUAUGAUUUUCCUAAUGUCGAUGAUCAAGUCAAUCAUGUAAAUUAUUUAACAAAUGAACUUAUAGAAAAGUUUUGUCCUUUGAAAAUAUGCAGAUAUUUUAAUGAAACUCGACCAGAAUGGUUCACUUUAAAACUUGAACGAAUGAUAAAUGCUAGAAACUUUUUAUUCUCAGCUAUGAAGCAUGAAAAAAAUCCAGUGCGUAAAAUGAAUUAUAAAAGUACCUAUUGCCAUCUGAGAAAUAAAGUGAACACAUUAAAACGGAAAUUAAAAUGGAGUCAUUUCAUGAAACAUCUAAAUCUAAACUUACCAAAUAAUCAGCUGUGGAAAAAUUUAAAAACAUUCGGUGUAACAAAAUCAGAUAUCGCCAGCAAGUGGGUAGUUGAUGAAAAAUUUAUUGAUAACGAGGGAGGGAAACAUGGCAACGCCGCUUCAAAUAUCUAA